CGCCCCCCGCCCGCGGGCCCCGCGCCGCGCACGGAGCGCCCAGCCCCGCGCAGAGCCCGCGCCGCCGCAUGGGCUGAGCGGAGCCCCCGGCCAUGGAGCUCCGCAGGUCCAUCUCAGCCAGCGCCGAGGCCGAGAGACCUAUGCGGCGCUACGGGGCAGUGGAGGAGACGGAGUGGAAGGCGGAGGCGCUGGGGAGAAAUCAACUUGACAUCAUUUCAAUGGCUGAAACAACAAUGAUGCCUGAGGAAAUUGAGCUCGAGAUGGCAAAGAUCCAGAGACUUCGGGAAGUCUUAGUCAGAAGAGAAUCAGAACUCAGGUUUAUGAUGGAUGACAUCCAGCUGUGCAAAGACAUUAUGAACCUUAAGCAGGAGCUGCAGAGUUUGGUAGCAAUCCCAGAAAAAGAAAAAACGAAGAUGGAGAAGCAAAGAGAGGAUGAACUGAUUCAGAAGAUUCAUCGACUGGUACAAAAAAGAGACUUUCUUGUAGAUGAUGCGGAGGUGGAGAGAUUACGGGAAAAAGAAGAAGACAGAGAGAUGGCUGAGUUCCUUCGCACCAAGUUAAAACCCAUAGACAAAGCAACACAGUCUCCUACGAGCAGCCCAGCAGAAAAGAAGGCAGAACCUCCUCCAAGCAAGCCCACCAUUGCCAAGGCAGGGUUGGCAAUUAUUAAAGAUUGUUGUGGGGCCACACAGUGCAACAUCAUGUAGAGCUCUGGGCUUCCUACCCUGCUUGUCUUUUCAGUGUUUCCAUUGAGUGAAACUGGAUGGUGAGGGGAACCAACAGGUCCUGCUAAGGGAGUCAAGAGCAGCUGGCACAAGUGUAAUCUGUGGACUGUACAAUGGCAGGUUCUUCACUGUUGCAUGGAUCACUCUACAUGCAUGCCUAAAAACAAAAGAAAUUUAUUUAGUGGCUGUCCAGGGACCAGAAGAGAUCAGCAGUAGAGUUAACAAAAAACACCCCUGUGAUACAGGUGAAUGAAAAGGGGCUAUAUUUUAUCCAGCACGGUGUAAAACAGCAAUUCUAACAGGCUAUAACUUUAUGAGAAUAUGUUGUACACUUUUCACCCCUGUGACAAACUGCACUCAAAAAUGGCCAAAUUAUCCUAUUUUGGCUACUUUUCAUAACAAAAGCCACAAGUAGCAAUGCUAUAUAUAGCACAAUUGAUAGAGGAAGCAACUGUAGGAUAACUGAUGUUGCAUAUAAAAUACCAAACUUGUGUGAUGUUCAAGUACUUUGCUGUGGAGUUUAACUUCAAAUUCUUCCUAAAGAAUGAGAUCAGUGACAAGGAUGCUGCAAGUAGCUACAGAUUUUUAUAUGCCAUGUAAUAUCUGAAUUACUCAAGUCAAAUUAAUAUUGUUUGCACCAGGGGAAAUAAAUCCCUGGCAAAGCAUUAGCAAAGCACAGCUACAGUAAUCUGCAAAUAGAUGAGGCAGUCCAAGGUUGUGUCACUUCUGUUUUAGAUUGCCACCUCCCAUGAAGUCACAGAAAUAUUCACCCAGGGUUUUGUCCAUUUUUACAAGCUACAUGCAGUAGGCUAUUACACAUCACUGGAAGAUUGCUGGGAGAAGAAUAGAAGACAAAAUUUAACUGAUACUGAAACCAUGCUUAAAACAAAUAAUAAUUGUAUAUCUUUUGACCACAAGAAAUACAAACUAUCAAGCAUAGGAAGACACAAGCCACCCAAGACAAAUUUGCCACAAGACAAAUAUACAAAUACAGAAGUAGGUAUUUGUGGCAGGAAGAUCACAUUCUAUACAAAAUGGGUUUAAAAUUAAGGGAAAUACAGAAAUACUCGUCUGUGUUUCACCAUUAAGUGUGUUUCUGGUCUCUAUGCAGAUUAAGCUUUGUGGAAUCUAGUAUCUUUAUAUUAGCUGUCAGUAGCUGGUUUGUCUGUGUGAUGGUAUUCCAUAUAAAUGUCCUGUGAUAGGUGUCAAUAGUAAAAUAAACGUACAUGGAUCUAGUGUGACAAUCUCAGGCUUAGAAAUAACAAAAGAUAGCAAAAAGUUCCUAAAAUAAAGUUUUACAAGAGGAACUUCCAUUUUGUGAAGCCAGCUAAGUGAAGUGUGUGCUUAUAUACCAAGGAACCACAGUAUAGGAAAGGAGAAAAAAUUAACAGCAGUUUCCCCAAAAGGACAAACAGUUAUUUUUUUAGACAGAAAAAGUAUCUUAUUAAGGUUGAAGGCAAUAGACACCAUCUAAAGUAACUCAGACUAUUCUUAUACAAAUAAAACCUAAUCGCUAGCACUGACUGAUCUUAUGAAAAACACUUGCAUUUCCAGAGUAAUUUCAGUAUUGCAGACUCACUUGAGACAAAGAACCCAUGUCAUUAAGUACCUUAACUUUUAAGGAUCAAAGAGGAAAAAACACAAAGGGUUUCCACUAAGACAUGAAGCACUUUAAUUAGUUUGACCAAAGAUGCAGGAAAGAGAACAAAAUCUGGCUGUCAUGUAUAGUUAUUGUAUCCUUGUUGAGACAUUCAACUUUAAGCUCUGUAGCUGUUACAGUCUGUACUUGGUGGGGGUUGGACUCUGCAUGGCACCUGUGCACAUUGACACAGUUAUGGGGAAAACUGCUUUUAGGGGAGAGAAUACACACUGGAGGGAAAGAAAACACCCAUUGGCUUCUGUAAAAUUCCACAGCCUCUUGCCGGUGCCCCCUUAAGACAUCAGGAACUGUCAGUAUCUUAAGACAAGAGGCAGAUGUUCAGUAUCAUUAAUAAAGGCAAAUGGAAGUCAGGGAAACAGCUGUAGUGAAGCACCAAACUUUAAGCCUUAGGAGGAUCAGCUGUGAAUGCCACUAAGGGGCCAGAAGGACUUCUGCACAAUAGUGUUUAACCCAGGCUGUGCUGGUGAUUGAUUGGGGUGAUCCCUAGAGGCUGCACAGAAUCUGCAGUCACUUGGGAAUAAAGUGAAAUGAGUACAAUGUCGGUUUCCAUGAAAAAAUUUCAGUAGCAAGAAAUAAGAGUUAGACGUUCCUGGGAAGCAACACUCAUAACCAGGCUACAGAGCCAUCUCCUUUAAUUAAAACCAAGGAGAAACACAGCAAGUAGGAAUGUGCAAUAUGCAUACAUUUAAGCACUGGUAGCCGAUGCCCUAAAGGGACUUGGACUCCAGCAGUGUUAACGAGAGUGGACUUCAUUUUCAGAAGUUCUAGCUUGGCUCAGCUGGAAGGUUUUCUGUAUGCCAGUUUUUGUUUUUAAUUAGCAAAUGCUUCAUUUCUGUGUUUAUUUGGGUGGAUUUGAACAGCUUGCCUGCAGUGCACCAGUGGUUCCUUCAGAAGUGGGUCAGUGAUGGUGCUUAGCAAUAAAGUCCUGGAUUUUUUAGACUGUAAGGUCAGAUUCUCAACUGUGUUCAACACUGGUUUAGUGUUGCCUAUCUAGAACACAGCAGAGCUAAUGACUGCGAUUAAACAAAUUAAACUUGGGAGGAAAUUAAGUGUAAAAAUCUUGACCUGUAUUUUUAAAAACGAGACUAAAUCACUGAAUAUCCCAAGAACAACCAGGGGUUUUGUAUCUUCCAUGAUCCUGUGAACAUGACACACUAUACAAUCCCCAUAUAUAAAAUCAGCAGAGUAUCAGACAAGUAUCUUUAGGUGACUAUAUGGAGUAACUGUCAUCAUUUCAGAGCUGAUUUUCAGAUAUCAGUCCCUGUCUGCAAAGAGGGACCGUGAUUGACUGAAGCACCCAGCAUUUCUUCUGGAAAUCCUGGCUGUUUAUCACUUCAGAAAGAAGGCAAGGCAUUGGAAAAGGAAGAAUGUGUAAGAUGGAUUUGACACACUGGUAAAUAUGCCUAUGUUCAGGAAAGGACCUUGGUCUACUGAGAAAAACAAAAGUGCUGAAGUGCUAUUUGUACCAAUCACCAAUUCCACCAGCAAAUGGUUCUCUUGUACCUUCCCCCUAGGCCUACUGAAUCUCUUCCAAGUUAAACAUAUUUCCAAAUAAACUAAGCUGCUGUGUUAUACUAA